AUGGAGGACAUCCGUGAGGUUGCUAAAGCUUAUUACGUAAACUUGACAAAGCAGCAGCAGGAGAAAGCCCAGGAUGAUUUCAAAAAGAUGAAGUUGGAAAACAAUAAUAGCAUGAGCCUUACUGAUUUCUUGGAUUUCUUCCUGCAAGACAAUUAUCCAAAAACUGUUGCUUGUUCUUUGUUCAAGGAUCUAGACGUAAAUGGUGAUGGCAGCCUGGAUUUCGACGAGUUUAUCACCUUGUUCUAUCUGUAUCAAAGCAAGAGGCUACUGUAUUGUCGUGGCUGUGAAACGUUUCUUAAUGGACUCUAUUUUACUUGCAUCAAAUGCUUUGAUUCCACCAGUAAUAGGUAUGACCUCUGCUUAUUAUGUUACCAGAAAAAAAAUAUUCAACAUCAUAGAGAUGCAGUCUUCUUGGACAACUACGCUUUACUCCGCCGGAACAUCAAACGAUUAUCGGAAACGGCAGUAGACCCAGUUCAGGAAAACGAUAAUAAAAUCAAAGAAGACGUAGAUGAAUCUGGCCAAGUAAAAAACGUUGAAAAUGAAGGUCAAUAUAUCUCUGAAUUAAGGGAUCAUCAGAAAAAUGAAGCAAAUGAAGUCGUCGCAAAUGCAUCUAACCAGCUGGAAAAAAUUACAAAUCAAACUGUUGCAAACAUACAACGUUACGGGGAAAAUGAAGUUGCAAAUGCAUCUAACCAGCUGGAAAAUGAAGUCGCAAAUGCAUCUAACCAGCUGGAAAAAAUUGCAAAUCGAAAAGUUGAAAACAUGCAUCGUUACCGGAAUCGCGAGCGAGUCGGCAAGGCAUUUUCAAAACUAGGAGCAAACAUCACAUCAAAAGUUACAAGCGGCAUCUCAAAGGCUACUGACAAAACCGAUUGCAAUGUCAUGUGA